AGUAUAAAUCCCCACUUUCUGACGUCAGCGAUCUCUUCCCUGCCUAUGACCUCGUGAGGUGGGCAGCGUACAAAUUCCCUGUCUCGUUUCACCACUGAGCGGAUCCCAAACCAUCCGUCAAAAUGGUGAACUUUACCAUCGACCAGAUCCGUGCCAUCAUGGACAAGAAGGCCAACAUCCGUAACAUGUCUGUGAUUGCGCACGUUGACCACGGAAAGUCAACUCUCACGGACUCCCUGGUGUCGAAGGCCGGCAUCAUUGCCUCAGCCCGUGCUGGAGAAACCCGUUUCACCGACACGCGCAAAGAUGAGCAGGAGCGUUGCAUCACCAUCAAGUCAACCGCCAUCUCCUUGUUCUACGAGCUGACCGAAAAUGAUAUGGCCUUCAUUAAGCAGAGCAAGGAUGGUUCUGGCUUCUUGAUCAACCUGAUCGACUCACCCGGGCACGUUGACUUCUCGUCUGAAGUGACUGCUGCUCUUCGUGUCACUGAUGGAGCCCUGGUUGUGGUGGACUGUGUGUCUGGUGUCUGCGUGCAGACCGAGACAGUGCUCCGUCAGGCCAUUGCAGAGCGCAUCAAGCCAGUCCUGAUGAUGAACAAAAUGGACCGUGCCUUGUUGGAGUUGCAGCUUGAGCCUGAAGACCUUUACCAGACCUUCCAACGUAUUGUGGAGUCAGUCAAUGUCAUCAUCUCAACCUAUGGAGAAGAUGAGAAUGGACCUAUGGGCACCCUCAUGGUCGAUCCUACCAUUGGAACAGUUGGCUUUGGCUCUGGACUUCACGGCUGGGCAUUCACCUUGAAGCAGUUUGCAGAGAUGUAUGCAGCAAAGUUUGCUGCCAAGGGCAACACCCAGCUGUCCCCAGCUGAGAACUGCAAGAAGGUGGAAGACAUGAUGAAGAAGCUGUGGGGAGACAGGUACUUUGAUGCGAGCACUGGCAAGUUCCUUAAAUCUUCUACCGGAGCUGAUGGCACCAGUUUCCCACGUACCUUUGUUGCCCUUAUCCUGGAUCCCAUCUUCAAGGUCUUCAAUGCCAUCAUGAACUUCAACAAAGAGGAAACUGCCAAGCUGGUGCAGAAGCUGGACAUCAAGUUGGAUGUUGAGGACAAGGAAAAGGAGGGAAAGCCUCUCCUGAAGUCUGUGAUGCGCCGCUGGCUGCCUGCUGGAGAAGCCCUCCUUCAAAUGAUCACCAUCCACCUGCCUUCACCUGUGACUGCCCAGAGGUACCGCUGCGAACUGCUCUACGAAGGACCUGGAGAUGAUGAGGCUGCCAUGGGUAUCAAGAACUGUGACCCCAAGGCUCCCUUGAUGGUCUACAUCUCAAAGAUGGUUCCUUCCAACGACAAGGGUCGCUUCUAUGCGUUUGGUCGCGUGUUCUCUGGCUGCAUCUCCACUGGCAUGAAAGUGCGCAUCAUGGGACCCAACUUUGUCCCUGGAAAGAAAGACGAUCUCUACCUGAAGCCAAUUCAGAGGACCAUUUUGAUGAUGGGCCGUUACACUGAGCCCAUUGAGGAUGUUCCCUGUGGUAACAUCGUGGGUCUGGUUGGAGUCGAUCAGUUCCUUGUCAAGACUGGAACGAUCACCACCUAUGAGCAGGCACACAACAUGAAGGUGAUGAAGUUCAGCGUCAGCCCUGUGGUGAGAGUUGCCGUGGAGGUCAAAAACCCUGCCGACCUUCCCAAGCUGGUGGAGGGAUUGAAGCGUCUGUCCAAGUCCGACCCCAUGGUGCAGUGCAUCAUCGAGGAGUCUGGGGAGCACAUCGUCGCUGGAGCCGGAGAGUUGCAUCUGGAAAUCUGUUUGAAGGAUCUGGAGGAGGAUCACGCUUGCGUUCCUCUUAAGAAAUCUGAUCCCGUGGUGUCCUACAGGGAGACAGUCAGCGAAGAGUCAAGUAUUAUGUGUCUCUCAAAGUCUCCCAACAAGCACAACCGUCUGUUCAUGAAGGCCUGUCCCUUCGCUGACGGCCUGGCAGAGGACAUCGAGAAGGGCGACGUUACCUCUCGUCAGGACAUUAAGACCCGUGCCCGCUACCUUGCUGAGAAGUUCGAGUGGGAUGUUGGAGAGGCCAGAAAGAUCUGGUGCUUCGGCCCCGAUGGAACCGGCCCCAACCUUCUGGUGGACGUUACCAAGGGAGUGCAGUACCUUAACGAGAUCAAGGACAGUGUUGUGGCCGGCUUCCAGUGGGCCGUCAAGGAGGGUGUCCUGUGUGAAGAGAACAUGCGUGCCAUCCGCUUCAACGUCCACGAUGUGACCCUGCAUACAGACGCAAUUCACCGCGGUGGUGGUCAGAUUAUUCCUACAGCUCGCAGAGUGCUGUACGCGUGUGAGCUCACUGCAGAGCCCAGAAUGAUGGAGCCCAUCUACCUGGUCGAGAUCCAGUGUCCUGAAGAUGCCAUUGGUGGAAUCUACGGUGUGUUGAACAGGAGGCGUGGUCAUGUGAUCGGUGACCUCGGCUUUUCAUCUACACCCAUGCGUGUCACCAAGGCCUACCUGCCUGUCAACGAGUCAUUCGGUUUCACCGCUGACCUUCGUUCCAACACCGGUGGCAAGGCCUUCCCUCAGUGCGUGUUCGACCACUGGCAGAUCCUCCCAGGAGACCCCUUAGACCCGGCUAGCAAGCCUGGCGUUGUCGUCGCUGACAUUCGCAAACGUAAGGGUCUGAAGGAAGGAAUCCCCGCCUUGGACAACUACCUGGACAAAUUGUAAACGCCUGCACCCCACUUGGCUCCUGCCUCAUUCCUCCCUUUCCAACGAAUUAAAAGUCUACAUUGUGGGACUGAUUGUACAGAACACAGUGAGCACCAGUGUUUGCCAAAAGGAUUGACAAUAAUGAAUAAACUACAAAAAUUGUAAACGACAAAUAAAACAAAAUAAAAAACUAA